CCCGCUCCUUCUGGCCUGCUCGUUCGAAAUCUUCCUCUCGAUGCCAGGCCUGAAGAUCUUAGGAUCCCAUUUGAGCGAUAUGGCCCAGUGAAGGAUGUGUAUCUUCCUAAGAAUUACUACACUGGGGAGCCACGGGGCUUUGGGUUUGUGAAGUACCGUUAUGCGGAGGAUGCAGCUGAAGCAAAGCAACAACUGAACCAUUCAGUUAUUGGUGGACGUGAAAUAAGAAUUGUGUUUGCUGAGGAGAAUAGAAAAACUCCCCAAGAAAUGCGUACAACUACUCGCGUAAG